CCACAAACCCCACAGGCUUUGGGAGGAACCGCAGGGACAGCACCAUUCUGACACGAUGAGGUCGCUUCGUUUCAUUUCGGCUAAAGCUUUAGCGUCCCACCCCCAGCUGGUCCAGGAGAACCUGGACAGCAUAGCCUACAACCUCUACCCACUUCUGUUCAAGACCAGUUACCUGCUAGAACAGGCGGACAUAACCCGUGCUCUGCUGAGUCACUGGCCGCUAGAGGAGUUCCGGCUGGCUGUGCUACUAGGGCCAAACAUUGACCACCCUGAAGACCUGCGUGAUCGUGCCUGCAAGGCCUGCCUGGAGGCCUGUAUGCAGGGCAUAGCUGACCAUGUGCUGAGAAGUGGGAGCAACCGCCUUCGGGUAGCUGAUUUCACCGGCAUCCAGGAUGUACAGGUGCAGCAAUGUCCUUGUGGGAGGGCACUAGGAAGGUGGGGCCGUACCAAGGUGCUGGCCAGAAUCUGCUGCCAGCUCCAAGGACAGCCCUGCACAGUUGGGCACCCCAUUGAAGUCUUUGCUGACCUCUUUGUCACAGAAGGCAACUUUGACAUGGUGGUGCAGGCCCUGAAGCCGUCAGGCCCAGCACCUCUGCAGGUCUGUUGCCCUUCACUCCGGGCAGACAGCCUGAGCCCUGGGCAGCUCCUACAAGUGCUUGGCCUGGCUGGGCCAGGCAAGCUUAGAAAGUUGGAGGUAGUACACAAUGUACGGUUGCAUGCUGGCCAUGUGCAGCAGCUGCUGGCCCAGGUGGGCUUCCCUCAGCUGACCUCACUCACCUUGCCCACCAGGGCGUUCGAUGCUCCUCCAACCUGUGCUCCAGAUCCAGAGGGUGAGGAUCUCCUCCUUACCUCUAUUGCCUGGGAGCUUAGCCAGAUGAACCAGCUCACUGAGCUAAGUGUAGCUUUCUCUACUCUGACUGGGAAGAUCCAAACACUGCUUAGCCCCCUGAAGACCCCACUAAGAGUGCUGGACCUAGCCAACUGUGCCCUUAAUCAUGAAGACAUAUCCUUCUUAGCAAACUGUAACCACACUGCCCACUUGGAGGUGCUGGACCUCAGUGGACACAACCUGGUACACUUGUACCCUUCUACCUUCUUCAGGCUGCUGAGCCAGGCUGCCCAAACGCUGAGAGUGCUCACCCUAGAGGAGUGCAACAUCACGGACAGCCAUGUUAACAUGAUGAUUCUGGGCCUCAGCCCUUGCAGCCAGCUCCAGCAGUUCAAGUUCCUUGGGAACCCAUUGUCAGGCAGUGCUCUCCGGCGCCUUUUUGCUGCACUCUGCGAACUCCCUAGGCUGCGCCGCAUCGAGUUCCCAGUGCCAAAGGACUGCUACCCUGAGGGUGCCAUCUACCCCCAGGACGAGCUGUCAGUGUCCAAAUUCGACCAACAAAAAUAUGACAUGAUUGCAGAGGAUCUGCAAGCAGUGCUGCUUCGAGCUAACCGGGAGGACAUUCAGGCCUCCACCCCACUUUUUGGAAGUUUUGAUCCAGACAUUCAUGAAACCAGCAAUGAACUUGGUACUUUCUUGCUGCAAGCUUUCAAAACUGCUUUGGAAAACUUCUCCAGAGCGCUAGAACAAAUGGAGUAGUCCUGGAAUCAUGGGACACGAGGCUGUGCAUUUCUAGUACCGAGGUCAGUCCUGGACGAGAAGAUCAGGCUCAACCAUUUGUCACCAGCAGCGACACUGCCACAAGACUUCCUUAGAGAAAACUGCAGGCGUGCUCAUUACAUGCUGUAAGAGGAAGCCCAGCUAUAUGAAUGAGACCUGAGGUGCUCCCGUGUGUUAGUAGCACAAGAUCCUCAAACAGAGGGGAAGCCACCUCAAGCUAAGAUAAGGUGGAGGAGAAUGUGAGCACCAGGCAGGGUGUAGUGGGAGCAGGGUCAACCACCCAGCUCUCAUGCUAUGAGAGGGAAAAAUGAGAAAGUUUAGCUAUGCUCUAUGUGCUGUACAUUUUAUCAGAUGACAUCUGCCUACACAUUUGGCUUUGUUUCCAACCGAAACAGAUUUGCACCAUUUUUUUUUGGCGACUGAGGACACUAGUCACUGCAAUAUGCCCAAUGCUUCUUGGCAUAUUCUGGUCCUGUCUUCUGCUCAGAGUUCAAACCCUAAGACAGGCAUGUCCAACCUGCACAGUAUAUGCAGCCACAUGUGACAGAGGACAGCUAUGAAUGCGGCCAUUGCAAAGCUGUAAACUUACUGAAGACGUUGAGAUGAGCUUUUGAAAUCUGUUGUGACUCAAUUAUACAGUUUUCCAGAAUGAACUCUGUAGACGAUAACAGAUCUAUAAAGCACCCAAGUCAGUGCUUCUCAGAAGAGCUGAGGCCUGGCCCUUUGCAAGAGAACUAAAGUACUACACAAAAAGA